GCCCGGGGGCGGGCGGGCGGCAGCACGGCGGCCCCAGCCAGAGCCCGAGCCGGAGCCGCGGCGGCCGCGGAGCACGGGCGCCGGCGCAGUAGGAUGAGGCAGCCAGCGGAUCCAGGAGCCUAAGCCCUCACGAAGCCGGCAAUGACAAGUCUGAAUGGUCGCCAUGCCGAGAAAACCAUUGACAUGCCAAAACCAUCAGCCCCCAAAGUGCACGUGCAGAGGUCCGUGUCCCGAGAUACCAUCGCCAUUCAUUUCUCGGCAUCUGGGGAGGAGGAGGAGGAAGAGGAGGAGGAGUUCAGGGGGUACCUGGAGGAGGGGCUAGAUGACCAAAGCAUUGUAACGGGGCUUGAAGCCAAGGAGGACCUGUAUCUUGAAACCCAGGGUGGCCAUGACCCUGCGGGCCCUGCUGCCGCCACCAUCCUGGCAGAUGGACUGUCUGUAUCCGAGACCCCUGCCAUUUUGCCCGUCUCCGAGAACACUGUAAAGCUGCUAGAGUCCCCGGCUCCAGCAGUACAAGUAUUAAGUACAGUGCCACCGGCUCUGUCCCCAGGGUCCUCUUCAUCCGGGCCCUUAGCUAGCUCUCCCAGUGGGUCAUCCCUUUCUGAACAGAAAACCAGUUCUUCGUCCCCGUUGUCGUCCCCUUCCAAGUCUCCCAUCCUUUCAUCCAGUGCCUCGUCCUCCGCCCUUUCCAGUGCGAAGCCCUUCAUGAGCCUGGUGAAGUCCCUGUCAACCGAGGUGGAGCCAAAAGAAUCCCCCCACCCCCCACGGCACAGGCACUUGAUGAAGACUCUGGUCAAGUCCCUGUCCACAGACACUUCUCGCCAGGAGUCGGAUGCCGUGUCCUAUAAGGCCCCUGACUCCAAACUCAAUCUGCACCUGUUCAAACAGUUCACACAGCCACGGAACACGGGUGGAGACUCCAAGACUGCGCCUUCUUCCCCGCUGACUUCUCCCUCUGACACUCGCUCCUUUUUUAAAGUGCCCGAAAUGGAGGCGAAAAUCGAAGACACUAAACGCCGCCUUUCCGAAGUCAUCUAUGAGCCCUUCCAGCUCCUCAGCAAAAUCAUCGGGGAGGAAAGUGGCAGCCACAGGCCCAAAGCCUUAUCUUCAAGUGCUUCAGAACUCUCCAAUCUGUCCAGCUUGAAUGGGCACUUGGAAAGCAAUAACUACAGCAUCAAGGAGGAGGAGUGUGACUCCGAGGGGGAAGGCUACGGCAGUGACUCCAACACCCCCAGGAGCGACCACCCGAAGCCCCCCGAGGACGCUGUGAAGGCAGUGGAGCCCAAGGGUUCCCAGGGGAGCGGUCUGAAGGAUUUAGGCCUGAAGACAAGUUCUCUCGUUCUUGAGAAAUGCUCUCUGUCUGCCUUAGUGAGCAAAGAGGACGAAGAGUUCUGUGAACUGCACACUGAGGACUUUGAGCUGGAGACUGAGGGCGAGGGGAGACUUGACAAGCCCCGAGAUGUCCCCCUCAAGCCAGAGGUGCUUGCCGACGAUGGCGUGGUUCUGGACAGCGAGGAUGAAGCGGACUCGGCCGCCCAGCUCCAGGAGUUACCAGUGAAGACGCUGGGCUUCUUUAUAAUGUGUGUCUAUGCGUACCUCAUCCUCCCCCUCCCCUACUACAUGAGUGGACUCUUCCUGGGCAUUGGCCUUGGAUUCAUGACUGCUGUUUGCAUGAUCUGGUUUUUUACACCACCAAGUGCUCAUACAUACCACAAAUCACAUAAAACUCUGCGACACUGGAACACGAGAUCCCUGGACAUCAAAGAGCCUGAAAUACUAAAGGGAUGGAUGAAUGAGAUCUACAACUAUGAUCCAGAAACUUACCAUGCAACUUUGACACACUCAGUCUUUGUCCGGCUUGAGGGUGGAACCUUAAGACUUUCAAAACCCAACAAAAACAUAUCCAGGAGGGCAAGCUACAAUGAAACGAAGCCAGAGGUCACCUACAUCAGCCAGAAAAUCUACGACCUCUCAGACAGCAAGAUUUAUCUCGUACCUAAAAGUCUGGCUCGCAAACGAAUCUGGAAUAAAAAGUACCCCAUUUGUAUCGAGCUUGGUCGGCAAGAUGACUUUAUGUCCAAGGCUCAGACGGAUAGGGACGCUGGUGAGGAGAAGCCACCUGCUGAGAAAGAGCUGGCGAGUGAAGACGUUAAGAAGCCACCCCAGCCUCAAGAGGGGACGAAGUCUAGCCAGAGAGACCUGACCCUGUAUCUGUUUGGGAGAACUGGCCGGGAAAAAGAGGAGUGGUUUAGGAGGUUCAUCCUGGCAUCUAAACUGAAGUCAGACCUCAAGAAGCUGCCUGGGGUUUCUGGAAGUAAAUCAGGGCUUUUGCCCACCCACAGCAGACACGGCAGUCCUUCAGGGCACCUGACCCAUAGCCGAAGCAGCAGCAAAGGCAGCGUGGAGGAGAUGAUGUCCCAGCCCAAACAGAGGGAGCUGGUGGGCAGCGUGCGGCAGAAGGUGCUCCUGGACUACAGUGUGUACAUGGGCAGGUGUGUGCCCCAGGACGAGCGAAGCCCCCACAGGAGCCCUGUGCAGAGUGCGGAGAGCAGCCCCACAGCUGGGAAGAAGUUGCCGGAGGCCCCACCCUCUGAGGAGGAAGAGCAAGAAGCCUGGGUGAAUGCCUUGCUUGGAAGAAUAUUUUGGGACUUCUUAGGCGAGAAAUACUGGUCUGAUCUGGUGUCAAAGAAAAUCCAGAUGAAACUCAGCAAAAUUAAGCUCCCCUACUUUAUGAAUGAGCUAACACUGACAGAACUUGACAUGGGUGUGGCUGUGCCAAAAAUCCUUCAGGCCUUCAAGCCUUAUGUUGAUCACCAAGGACUCUGGAUCGAUUUGGAAAUGUCUUACAACGGGUCCUUUCUGAUGACUCUCGAGACCAAAAUGAACUUGACCAAACUAGGUAAAGAGCCUCUUGUUGAAGCCCUGAAGGUUGGAGAAAUUGGCAAAGAAGGUUGCAGGCCCAGGGUAUACUGUCUGGCCGACAGUGAUGAAGAAUCCUCCAGUGCCGGCUCCUCUGAGGAAGAUGAUGCACCAGAACCCCAGUGCUGGAGACAAACAGCUGCUCCCCGGGGCUGAAGGGUAUGUUGGAGGUCAUCGAACAAGUAAAAUUAUGAGGUUUGUUGAUAAAAUUU